AGAGCAUAUGCAGCAUUUGCAGGAGGUGUUCGCCUUGGCGAAAACGGAGCUGAAGAUGAGCUCGGCAUAUCAUCCCCAGACAGAUGGGCAGACUGAGGUGGUGAACAAGAUACUGGAGCAGUACCUGCGGUGUUUUGCUCACCAGCAGCCGCGCCGUUGGCUCGCUAUGCUGCCAUGGGCUGAGCUGUGGUAUAAUACCACAUACCACCGAUCUAUCCAGAUGUCUCCCUUCGAGGCUCUCUACGGGAGGACGCCACCGAUGCUGGUCCGGUACCAGUCAGGGGCGAGUGCAGUGGAUGUG